AUGGAAGAACUCGAGUUCUUCAUGAUCCUACUCCCAAAUUUCUUGAAGAAACUGAGGCUGCCAGACAAGUUCACCAAGUUACUCGAUGGCCGUGAGCCUCGGGAAGUGAAGCUGCGGGAGGCCGGGUGCCGACGUCGCUUGUGGGACGUGGAAGUAGUGUCCGACACCGACGGACACAUGUACCUGGGGAACGGAUGGGAGCAGUUUGCGCGUGCUCAUGACAUGCGGCUCGGACACUUCCUCGUCUUAAGCUACGAUGGCCAUGCUGUGCUCACCGUGAAGGUGUUCGACGGUAGCAUGUGCCGCAGGCACUACCACCAAGACAAUGAUGCCAGCAGUGGAAGUAGCAGCGAUUGUGGCAACCCCUUGGGAGCAGAGGGGGAAGGGGAAGCGCUAUCGCAGACAGGAGCAAAGGAAGACGACGGAGAGCAGUGCAUAUCCAAGAUGAGUAAUCCAUGUGAUUCAGAUGAAAGCCAGAAGGAAAGAUCUCAUUCUGCUGAGGAAUUGUCAGCAGAAGACACUCUAUCUGUAGACAAUUCUGUGGAGUCAGCUAAUCCACAGACACUUUCAAAUAACUAUGUCUUAUCAACGCAGUGCUAUCCCACAAAAGCACAGAGGGUGAAAAUAGAUGCGCUUAUAGAGAAAAUUAAACCUAAAUUUACAGUGCUAGUUGUACAGAUGAAGAAGUCGAACGUAAAACGGCAUGCUACUCUGAUAAUACAGAAGGAUUAUGCACUUGAGCACUUUCCAUGUGAAGAUACAACUGUCAUGCUCCAGCUGCCUGGGAAAAACAAGGACUGGAAAUGCACAUUGCGCAUCAGGCCAUCCGGCGUGUCUUAUCCAGGUCAACGCAACCUCUAUUUACGCAACUUUUCCUGUGACAAUCAUGUUAGAGAAGGUGAUAUCUGCCUCUUUCAACCUAUAACAAGUGUUAAGCACAGAAGAUUCAUAGUGAAAGUGCAUAUCCUUCACAAAGUGAGCAUUGAUGACAAAGGAUUGGAAUCAGGUGGAUGCCCAAUGGAAGGCUCGUCCCGUUGUUAUAAAUCCGCAAAUACACCUGCAGUAUCUUAUAGUACUUCUAAGGAAUUUCCAGAUGAGGCUAUGGAGUUAGAUGAUCUUCAGAUGCUCUCGAAGGAUUAUGUAUUAUCAGGGAAAUGUGAUCUUACAGUAGCACAGGAGGAAAAAAUAAAUGCACUUGUAGAGAAAAUUCGAUCUGAAAUCCCCGUUCUUGUUGUACAGAUGAAGAAAAGCAGUGCAAACAAGGGGGCUACUCUGGUAAUACAGAAGGAUUAUGCACUCAAAUACUUUCCAUGUGAAGAUACGACUAUCAUACUCCAGCUGCCUAGGAAGAACAAGAAUUGGAAGUGCAAAUUUCAUAUCAGGGCAUCCGGCAUGUGUAAUGCAGGCCGGCGCACCCUUUAUUUAGCAGAAUUUGUGCAUGACACUCAUAUUAGGGAGGGUGAUAUCUGUCUCUUUCAACCAAUGACAAAUGUUAAGCACAGAAGAUUCAUAGUGACAGCCCAUCUCCUUCACAAAGAGAGCAGUGCCCAUUCCCCAGGAGGAACAACUGGCAUUGGCUCAAAUCGCGGAAGUACAAGUGCCAAGAUGGGCGGUGUGAAGGAUGAACCACCCACGGAUGGUGAAGAGUACUCUUCAGAACAUGAAGAGCAUGAAGUCUCUGAGGAUUCCGAGGGAGCUUUUGAGCAUCUCUUCAUGCUGUCAAACGGAGCUUCUCUAACACCAGCACAGAAUUUGAAAUGUCUGGAGAAAGUUGAGGGGAUUAAGUUCAAACCGCCCUUUUAUGUUGCUAUCAUGAGCAAGAGCACUGUCUGUCAGCGUGGCAGCCAACGUUGUCCCAGCCUACACUUUGGCUGUCAGUAUGCGGCCACAUAUCUUGUUCAGAAGUUUUCUGCUGACCUUCAUCGUGAAGAGAAUAGUCGAAUUAGUUUGGUGCUUCAGCGGGAGGGGAAGAGCAGAUCAUGGCCUACCAAGCUGCAAUAUAAGUAUCGCACGCGAGGCACGAGCAAUCAGAUGACCGUUCACCAUGGAUGGCCGUCUUUUGCCCGCGACAACCACCUGCGGGAUGGGGACAUCUGUCUCUUCAAGCUGAUGGAUAAUGAGGAGCAGCUGAGUAUGAUGGUCUACAUCGUCCGCCGCUAG